AUGGAAAACGAUAAGGGUCAACUAGUCGAACUAUACGUUCCAAGAAAGUGCUCUGCCACUAACAGAAUCAUCAAGGCUGAUGACCACGCCUCUGUGCAAAUCAACAUUGCCAAGGUCAACGAAGAAGGUCACGUCAUCCCAGGUGAAUUCAUCACCUACGCUUUGUCUGGUUACGUCAGAGCCAGAGGUGAAUCCGAUGACUCUUUGAACAGAUUGGCUCAAAACGACGGUUUGUUGAAGAACGUCUGGACUUACUCCCGUUAA